UUCCGCCGCAUCAUGCUGGCCGUGUUGCUCAGCUAACCUUCCUCCAAUCUCUCGAUCUACAAUGUUAUUUCGUCAAUAGCGAUCACCACCGCACACCGAUCCUAGAUGUCCGCCUCCCGGCCCUCCUUGAGGUAUAUCACCUCAAAGAUAACAUUCAAUUAUUGUCCUGCCCGUCACUACGCGCGCCCUGAUUCUAAGGCCGUCAUUGUCAGCCAACGGAAACUUAGCUUGAACCAAGCUUACCACAAAAAGCACAUAUUCGUGAUACCUGUGUUUGAAGGCAGCGCUCUCCAGCAAUGGGUGACGGCAUACCACACAUUUGGCAACUAUCUACCAGGCGGCGUAUUGGGGCGUCGCAAUCUCCGCCCGCCCGGCACUCUACAUCUGACCGUGGGGAUGAUGACACUACACACCGAAGCACGCGUUCAAGAGGCCUGUCAAUUCCUCGAGACCCUCGAUCUUGAUGCCAUCAGGCGCCUGGCAGAUCAAGAGGCCUUCCGACAACUCGCCGGGUAUAUUCCCGCCGAGCCCUCACAACAAGACAAGUCUUUGGCAUUAUUCCUCGGGACCCGGCCCCGACCACUCACCGUCUCCUUUGAGAGCCUGGUCGGCUUCCCUUCGCCCAAGGCAGCCCGUCACCUCUGCACGGUUCCUGUCGAUCCCACUCUCCGCCUUCACUACUUCUUGAUGUAUCUCCGCCGGAGCUUCCACCAAGCCGGCUUCCUUUGGGACGAUCACAGCGAUGAGGACGAGAUUUCGGCCUACCGGCUGGAGGACGAUCAGCCGCCUCCUACCGAGCAGCCGGGGGACGAGGAGCUGGCUGCGGAGUCAGCCUCGGCGGACGUAGUUGAAAUCGGUUCGGAAUCAUCUUCCGUGACGAAGUCCUCGUCUUCUUCUUCUCAUGAAGAAUCACUGGAAGACGUUUCCCGGCUUUCCAAACCAAACAACGCGCGACGACUCCCGGCCCCCAAGGACAAGAGAGGAUGGAAAGUCCACCAAAUACAUACCACCUUGGCAAGCACGAGUGUUCGGGUGGGUGAUAAUAUACUGCAACACGCGGUGGACGUCCGCGGUCUCAUCGACCAUUUUCGGGACUAUUAUCUCGACGAAGAGAGGACGAUGCCGCGCUGCGAGCAAACCAUGGACGAGCAGUUCCGGUGGGAAACGGAUGUCUUUCAUGAGUGUUUGGAAGGAGAAGAUGAUUACGAGGGUGAGCAUGUGGGAUCGCCGAAGACCCCCACGGGAAGCGCCCAAGGAACGUCAGGUAGCCCUCCCGCCAAGCCCAAUGCAUUCGUCUGGGCCAAGAAUGUUCGGCUAGAAUCACUUCAGCUCAGCCCCGGUGGAUAUUACCGCCAGUGUGAUCAAUCCACCCCGGUGGGGAAAGCGCGGAGAAUGAUGCUCAAGGUUAUUGCGCAAAGAAGCUUGCUAUGAUGAUACAAGAGAGAAAGGGGCUGGGAAGGGAAGGAUUUUAUUGGAAAUUGGGGAAGGGGGGGCUUGUUUGGUUCAAUAUACGUCCGGGUGUUUGUACCCCCUCGUAUGUACAUUCUAGAGGUUCGUCUGAAAAACAUGUCUACUCUAUCUACAGCUCUACUUGCCGGCCUUCCUA